CAACAAACAUUUAUAAUUUUGUGCUUUUCUUUCUUUCUCUCUAUCUCUCUCUUCUCCCUGUCUUUUCGAUUGGUUUGUGUCAAAGUAAAUAAAUUGAUAAAGCCUGGAAUCGAAACUUGUUCGUUCGAUAGCGGAACCAACCCUAAUUCAUGGAUCGAUUAGAAGAAACCCUAAUUUCAGAAGAGGAGGAGGAAGAAGAAGAUGUCGAUUUCAAUCCUCUUCUAAAGGAAACCCCUUCCCGUGAAGCUUCUUCCAGUUUGAGCUCUGAUGUCGAAACUCUCGACGCUGAACCUGUCAAUAGCAUUGCGCCAAGCUUAGACGGCGGCGUCAGGGAAGAAGCAGCUAAGGAGGAAAUCGCGGCGGUGCAAGUCGAAUCAAUUCCCAACGUCUCUCCACCGCAAGGCUCGAAGGAGGAGGAAGAAGAUGACGCAAUCUGCAAGCGAACCAGAGCUCGGUACUCCCUCGAGAGUUUCACUCUUGACGAUCUCGAGGCUUUCCUUCAGGAGACUGAUGACGAGGACGACAUUCCAAACGUGGAUGAUCAGGAGGAGUACCGCAAGUUUCUCGCCGCCGUUUUACACAGUGGCGACGCCCCCGAGGUUCACUCGGUGCACGAUGAUGACGAGGAUAACGACCUAGACUUCGAGAUUGAGCUCGAGGAAGCGCUGGAGACUGAUGACGACGAACCUAUACCUGAAAAGGCCACAGCUGAUGGCGUCACCAAGCAGCGGCGUGUGACUAGGCAGAAGAGAAAACAAAACAUCUGCAGAGUCGAUGAUUCUCCUGAGCAGGCUGCAAGAUUGUUACGCCCUAUCUUGCCCGUCGUACAGCCUGUGAGGAUGUUGCUUCCUGCUGCUCUUGAAUCGCUUGCUUCUUCGUCGGCUAACAGCAAAGGAAUUGGCUUCACUCAAUCCCAAAUUGGAGAGUUGCAUUGUUUGAUCCAAGACCACCUUCAGCUUCUCAUCCAGGUUUACUCUCUUUGUGCACUUGAUUAUUCACGCCAACAGAUUGGCACCCAGGUUCAAGGACUUAUCUCUGAGAUGAUCCAACAACACCAAGGAUAUGUUUCACGCCAAAGUCAUCUUCUUGUCUCUAGUUCCGCAUCAUCUGUACUGAAUACUGUUAAUCUAGCUGGCAGAUAUCUAGCUGAUGUUUCUACCGCUGUUCAAGAUUAUCGAAGGUGUCAAGUGGAAUCCGGUUUUGAUGCUUUGUCUCAAAGAGUGCCAUUGUUUCCACUUCCUCUCCAGCACAUCAACAAUCCUCCUUCUAUGUCAUUAUCACAUCAGCAGCAGUGUAAGAAGACGUUAGCUGCUACAAUCGUUGAAUCGGCCAAAAAGGAAUCUGUUGCCUUGGUCCAUAAGGAUAUCGCCAAGUUAGCUAAAACCUUCCUGCCCUUGUUCAAAGUAUCGCUAUAUCCCCACAAGCCACCUGCUGCAGCUGUUAGCAAUCGGUUCCUUUUCACUGACGCUGAGGAUGAAUUAUUGGCUCUUGGAAUUAUGGAAUAUAACUCAGACUGGAAGGCAAUAAAGCAGCGCUUUCUUCCAUGUAAAGGCGAGCAUCAGAUUCAUAUUCGGCAAAAAAACCGGAGAUCAUCUAAAGCGCCAGAUAAUCCAAUUAAGGCAGUUUUGAGGAUGAAAAGCUCUCCCCUGACCCCGCAAGAGAUAGAACGUAUAGAAGAGGGACUUAGGUACUUCAAAUUUGAUUGGAUUUCGGUGUGGAAAUUUAUUGUGCCUUAUCGAGACCCAUCCACACUGCCAAGGCAAUGGCGCACUGCCCUUGGAAUCCAGAAGUCGUAUAAGCUCGAUGAUGUCAAAAAGGAGAAGCGGCGAUUAUCUGAUUCAAAGAAAAGAAUGUCCAGAGAGCAGCCGGCAUCUACAAAAGAGGACCGUCAUGGUGCUUCCAAGGCCAAUGAAAAUCAUGUUGGACAUGAAUUGGUGGAAAAUUCAGGUGACACAUACCUUCAUGAAGGAUUUUUAGCAGACUGGAGGCCUGGCAUGCCAACUCUCUUUUGUUCUACAUCUAUGCACUCCUUUGGCAAUGCAAAGAAUGUUCCCCGCAAUCAGCCAGUACAAAUAUGUACUGGUGAAGGGUCUAAAACUGCGCAAAUUCUCACAGAUACGCGGAUGCUGGCACCCGGUACCUCAAGAGCACCGAUAAUUAUGCAUUCAUAUCAUCGUGCUCGUAAACUACGCAACAGAAGUGUAGUGAGACUAGCCCCUGAUUUACCUCCACUUAACCUUCCAUCUUCGGUACGUGUUAUCUCACAGUCUGCUUUUGCGAAGAAUCAGUCUGUAACAUCCUCCAAAAUUUGUACGACUAAAGGUGGCAUGUCUAGUGAUUCUGGGAAGGGAGUUUUGGGUACGGAGCCUCCUUGCCUCUCAGCUGACGGAGAUAGCAAUGGUCCCCCUUGCGAGAAAGAUUUGCCUGCAGAGAGCUCCUCUGGGAUGGGCGAGACGGACAAUGACUCAGAUCUUCAAAUGCAUCCUUUAUUGUUCCGGACCCCUGAGCAUGGACAAAUUUCAUGUUACCCUUCAAACAGAGACAAAGGAGGUUCUAGUGCCUUUAGUUUCUUUUCUGACAAUCGACCUCAGCUGCUGAGUCUUUUCAACAGUCCGAGGCAGAUCAAUCACUCAGCUGAUCAGUUUCAGAAAAAAGCAUCAUCAAAUGAUCACGAGCCAGCACUGGGGGACAGCUGUUUUCAUCCUCUUCUUCAAAGAACUGAGGGUGAAACGAGUUACCUUACUAGUGGGCGUGGGAACUUAGACACAAAUAUUGGCAAGAAACGCAAAUUAUGUCAGGAUACUUCUAGUGCUGUUGAGAAGACUUGUAUCCCUGGUGCUGCUCGUAAUGAUGUCAUCCUGAAAUCUGUCAGUUCUAACAAACAUGGUAAAAAUGUGAACUCAGAUAUCAAUCUAAGUCCGAGAUCUUCUAAAGUAAGAGAUCUUGGUAGUGUCUCAGCAGCAAAUAUUUCAGAAUUUGCAGACAAUUCUAUGAAUCAACGUGAAGAUGGCGCUGAAAUGCCUGGAUCAACUGCUACUAGUGAUAGAUGCAUUGACGAGAUGGGUGAUCAAUCUAAUCUAGGUAUAGUGAUGGAACAGGAGGAAUUAAGUGAUUCUGAUGAAGAGACGAUGGAAGAAGAACAUGUCGAGUUUGAGUGUGAAGAGAUGGCCGACUCAGAAGGGGAAGAGGGCUCUGAGUGCGAAGAAAUCAUUGAAAUGCAAGAUAAGGAUAACAGAAGCUCUGCAGUAGAAGUGGCUUCAACAGAUGUCGGUUCUGGCAAAGAACUAGGCAGAGAUUCUCCAAGCAGUCCUUGGUUAAGUCUGGAUCCCAGUAGCCGUCCCUCAUGUAGUAAGGUUAGGGACACAGGGAAGACAGAACCAGCAGAUAAAACGAACAUGACACAAUUUGGUUCCAGUAGAUCACGCAGAAAGAGGACACCAAUAAAGAGCAGAGAUGCAGAAUCAAAGGAAGACGUAGGUGUUGCUCGGUUGAGACUGGGUCCUCUUGCCCUCCCUUCAGUGAAGAAACCAAGGAACUGUGUCGGAGAGGCAGAAACAAGUCCAAGUGUAUUGCAUGUCAAGCAAGAAGUAGUUGGUAGCAACACGACAGCCUUACAAUGUGUUCUUAACACUGAUAUUGAAACAGCCAUGCUGUUGGAAGAAGAAACUCAAAUACCGGCCAAGCAGAGAGAUAGAAUCCACAACUAAGGAUGAAACGCCUACCCAAGAUACAGCUGAAGGAGAUCUGAUGUCACAAAGGCUUGAAGAAAUAUACAAAAGGCUUGAUGCGAUUGAUGCUUAUACUGCUGAGGCUCGGGCAGUUAGUAUCCAUCCUUGCUGGGCUCAGUUUCACUCCAGAAAUGCAGAAGAAAUCCACAAAUAGAGGACGGAGGAUGUGAAUUUGUUGUUGCUUGAUGAACCUACGAACCAUCUUGAGAUUCCAAGCCUGCCAGCAGUGUGCUCAUGUGGAGCAAGUUAUUAAGGAUCCUGAGAAAGCGAAUCCCUCUUAUAGAUGUAUUGAAUGAUGCUAUAGUCUUUGCUAUAAAGUUCCACCCUCGAGAGUCUAACCGAGAAGAAAUCGUCAUAAAUAUUGAAUUCCCAACUGCUGACUAUCAGUUUCAGUGAUGCAUCUUCUGUCUACCCUGGUGGUCCGUUAUCGUUUAGGAACCUGAAUUUCAGAAUACAUCUGGGUAGCCGUAUUGCAAGUACCAAGGCUCCCCCCUCCCUAGAUUAUGAGAUUUCAGAGAUGAUAACCCUUAAUUUCUGAGGGCAUUUUAAGCUUAUUGCAUCUCGCCAAAAACGCUUGCAAUAUCGAUGUCAACAUGUAUCAAACCAUUUCUUAAUGGGAAGAUACCAUUAUUAGUUGGUGCUAUAAAAUAACGAUUAUUAGA